AUCUUUGAUACGAUGACGCGUUCACGACUCAUCAGUUUCAUUCCGCCUGUAAACAAGCAACCGACGGAGAAGUUAUUAUGCCUCAACUACUAACUUAUGAUCUCGUUAAUACAGAAGCACGCCGGCUCUGAUCUGAGAUCAUCAGCAGGUAAAGAGGUUUAAUCCAGAAUGCUGGAGACUGUGACUGAUGCAGGACGUUUGCUCCGUUAUAACAACACCAGUGUGUUUCCCACCGUGGACAACAGCUCCGAGUUCAACCCUGACCAUGAGACCAACAUCACCAAACCACACAGAUGCCUGCAGAUCCUGUACGACGACAUCGGACACUCCAGGGUUCGUUACUGGGACGUGAUGUUGCUCGUCCCAAACGUGGCUUUCCUGGUCUUCCUGAUGUGGAAGCUUCCCUCUGCUCGUGCUAAGAUCCGUCAGACCUCCAGCCCUAUAUUCGUGGCGUUUUACAUCCUGGUGUUCGUGGUGGCAGCUGUAGGAAUCACUCGUGCCAUCGUCUCCAUGACCGUCAGCACAUCCAACGCCGCCACACUCAUAGACAAGGUGCUUUGGGAGAUCACGAGGUUCUUCUUAUUGGCUAUUGAGCUCAGCGUCGUCAUACUCGGACUGGCUUUUGGUCAUCUGGAGAGCAAAUCCAGUAUCAAGCGUGUGUUGGCCAUCACUGCGGUCCUGGCUCUGGCCUACUCCAUCACACAGGGGACUCUAGAGAUUCGUUUCCCGGACAAACAUCUCUCUGCUAAAGACUUCAACAUCUACGGUCACGGCGGGAGACACUUCUGGUUGGCCAGCUCCUGUUUCUUUUUCCUGGUGUAUUCCCUGAUAGUCGUCCUACCUAAAACUCCAGUCAGAGAGCGGAUCUCUUUGCCAUCCAAGAGGGGUUUUUACGUGUACGCUGGCAUCCUGUCGCUGCUCAAUCUGGUUCAGGGUUUGGGAAGCGCGCUGCUUUGUGCCGACAUCAUUGAAGGCCUGUGCUGUGUGGAUGUGACCACAUUCCUCUACUUCUCCGUCUUUGCUCCUCUGAUCUAUGUGACGUUCCUCAAAGGGUUCUUCGGGUCCGAGCCCAAGAUCCUCUUCUCCUACAAGUCCCAAAUCGAUGAGCCGGAGGACUCGGACGUGCACCUCCCCAACACCUCGUCUUCGGGUCGGGGUCGGAAGGAUCUGGAGCACGGCUCGUUCUCCAGCACACAGAUCGAUGGCUCUGGAGCGUAUCUGGACGACGUGGUUUCGGAGCCUUACAGCGGAGCCCACAGCAUCAACAGCAUCGACUCGGACCGCUGGAGGGCCCUCAACGCCUGACUUCAGAUCACUAACACUUGUUAUAGAAGUCUUGUAUUCCAUGAAUUCAUCAUUCCUUGUGUAACAACAGUGCUCUUUUAUUUUACAUCUGUGUGCUCGGAUCUGUGCUGAAGCCAACUUUAGUCGUGCAUAAUACAUUUCUUGAUCGCCAUUAUUGAUAUGUUGUAUUGUAUUGAUAAUAUGUUUUCUGGGUUGUUUCACACUGAUUUGGCUCAUUUGCUUGCUAAUUUAAAGUCUUAAGGACCCUGUUAUCUGUCUUGGCUCUGUUCAUGUACUUCAUGUGGGCUGAGCGUUCGUCUAGAAAUUUGU